AUGGCUAUUAUACCACAAUGUGUAGGAGUCAUCAAUCACCCCGCUUCAGAGGUAGUUUUUCUCGGUGAUUUUAAUGCCCAUAAUGAGCUUUGGUUGGGCUCAAGAAAGACCGAUGAAACAGGUCGUACAGGCGAAGCGUUCGCUCUUACUCAAGGGCUGACCCAGCUAUAUGGAGAAUUCAAACGUGGACGGGUGAGUCUUAGCGACGAUUCCAGGGCGGGUGCACCAAAAACGGUAAUCACCCAGGAAAACGUCGAUCCUGUGCGCAAACUCAUCAUUGAAGAUAGACAUGUGACAUAUCGCGAGAUUGAAGCGUCCUUGAAGAUCUCAAAGACCUCGAUUCAAAAAAAUUUACAUGAAGAAUUAGGAGUAAGAAAAUUAAAAGCAGCCAGGGUUAAUUGGUGUCAAAAAACGCUUGACCGAUUCAAUUCCGGAAACUCAAAAAAUGAGUACAGCAUUGUUAGUGAAAAUAAACGACAGUCGGCUGUUUGGGUGUUCCAAGGUGAAGAAAAGCCAACAAAAGUCAUCCGUUCUCGAAGUGUUUCGAAAAAGAUAGUCGCAACAUUUGUGUCAAAACCAGGUCAUAUUGCAACAAUUCCUCUUAAUGACCAAAGAACUGUUACUGCGGAUUGGUACAUCACCUUUUGUUUGCCAAAAGUCAUCACCGAGCUUCGAAAAAUCAUACCCGAAAGAAUCAUCCUCCACCAAGACAAUGCAAGCUCGCACACAGACCAAAAAACAAGGCAGUAUUUAACGGAAGAAAACGUGGAAUUAUUGGACCAUCCUCCAUAUAGUCCCGAUCUAAGUCCUAACGAUUUCUUUACUUUCCCGAAAAUUAAAAACAGACUGCGUGAAGAAGCAGUUGACGCAUUCAGAAAUGCCAUGUGUAUUAAUCUUCGUGGAGAAUACUUCGAAAAACAGUAA